AUGUCUACGAGUUUCGAGAACUCUGCUAUGAAGAGCAGUUUCUCGUUGUCAUCGCUAAGAAGCGCGCAGGCACCGCCAGGCGGUCGCUGUGAACAACUCGAGCGGCCCUACCAUAGUCUUACUAAGAAGAGGAAAGAGCCGUGUCGAGAAGCGUGGCGUAGAAGUUGGGGUUCGGCGGCGAGUGGCGGUAGCGCCGGCGACGACCUGUGGCCCUUGCUUCAGCACCAUUAUGACUACAUUAUGGACAACCAGAUCAUCGAUUCUUGUAGAGAGGCAAACGGCGAGCUAUUAUCGCACAACUGGAUUUCGUCGCAGGGCGGGCCUAGACUGCUAAAUCCCACAUCCGGCGCAAAUCGCCAGUGGUCGUUAAGCCAGCUUAUCGGCGAGUUCUCCGAGUUGUGCCAAUGGCUCACACACGUUCAGGAGGAAAUAUACUCUAGUCCCGAAAACCUGUCCAGUAGAAAGCUGAGGAAGAGCCGUAUGUCAGAGUUAAUAACGGUGGAGCCGCGGCGCACCAAGUUCAUCGAGCAGGCUUCGGCAAUACUUGAUCGUAUUCCAGAAGCAGGUGGUGAGGUGACAUGGCGAAUGGAGCACCUGAAUAUGAAAUGGGAGAGUCUCCGCUUGUUACUGAGCCCUGAACAGCAGCAAAAGGACGGAGACUGUUCUGAUACUGUCGACCCCGCCCACGAGCUGCGUUGCCUGCGUCGCUGGUUACAUGUGAUGGAGGGUCGGCUGCCUCCGCCGUCACUCGGGGUCACACGCUCGGCGCCGUACCACGAGUUGAUCAGGAAACUAAGAGAACAUCAGGUAGGUGCUCUCUCGGCAGAAUACUAA